AUGGAAAAAGAUGCCAUCGAGGAAAAACCCCCCCUCGACCUGCAGACGGUGCCCAGCUUAGAGGCCAAGGACAUCGACCAUGGCGCCGACACCCAGCUGCGCCGUAUGCUGGGCACCCGCCAUCUCACCAUGGUGGCUCUCGGGUCGGCCAUUGGGAUGGGCAUGUGGCUGGGCAGCGGCGAGUCGCUGAUUGACGGCGGCCCGGCGAGUCUCUUCAUCGGCUUCUUGAUCAGCGGCUCCGUGGUCUGGUCGGUGUGCCAGUCCAUCGGCGAGAUGGCAAUCAUGUACCCGCUACCCUCGGCCUUUGUGCAAUGGACCACCAUCUUCGUCUCGCCCGCGGCCGGGUUUGCCCUCGGCUGGAGCUACUGGUUCUCCUACUGGAUCACCAUCGCCAACGAGCUGCAGGGCGUCGUCACCGUGCUCGAAUACUGGACCGACGCCGUGCCCAAGGCCGCCUGGAUCACCGUCUUCUGGCUCGUCAUCAUCCUCAUCAACAUCUGGGUCGUCAAGUUCUUCGCCGAGGUCGAGGUGUUUUCCUCCACCGUCAAAUUCGGCUGGAUGUUGAUCGUCAUCAUUGCUCUCCUGGUCAUCACCUGUGGCGGCACUUCCGAGGGCCCCAUCGGCUUCCGAUACUGGGACGCCCAGCCAUUCAACAACGGCUUCAAGGGCUUUCUGUCUGUCCUGCCCACCUGUGUCUUCGGCAUGGCCGGCUCGGAGAACGCAGCCCUGGUGGCCACCGAAGUCGCCAACCCGCGCCGCUCGGUGCCCAAGGCCAUCAGCUCCAUCUGGAUGCGUCUGGGCCUGUUCUACGUGCUCGGCAGCCUGAUGAUCACCCUCACCGUCGACCCCUCCAACCCUGAUCUCUUUGGCGCCUCGGGCAGCAACGCCUCGCCGUUCGUCAUCGCCUUCAAGAGUGCAGGCAUUCCGGCCAUGGCGCACAUCACCAACGCUGUCAUCCUCAUCUCCGUCAUCUCCACGGGGAGUAUCUCCGGGUAUGGCGGUUCUCGUAUGCUCAUGGGGCUGGCCCAUAUCAACAUGAACCACAAGGUCUUUGGCAAAGCAGACUCCAUGGGCCGUCCCUGGGCCGGAUACAUCGCGACGAUCGGCAUCGGCGGCGCCCUGGCGUACCUGAACGUCUCGCACACGGGGGCCGAGGUCUUCACCUGGCUCUCCAACCUGGUCUCGCUGCUGACCCUGUUCGGCUGGGCGAUGAUCUGCGUGUCGCAUCUGCGCUUCCGCUACACGUGGAAGCUGCAGGGCCGCGACGUUGCCCAUCUGCCCUGGCGCUCGUGGGCGUAUCCCUACGCCACCUACUGGGGGCUUGCCUGGUGCAUCAUCAUCACGGGCGUCGAGUUCUAUCUUAGCAUCUGGCCGCUGGGCGACAAGCCCUCGGCCCAGAACUUCUUCGCCAACUAUGUCUCCGUCGUCGCCAUCAUCGUCAUCUAUAUCGGCGCCCAGUGCUGGUAUCGCGGCCCGUUCUGGGUCGAUGCCAGCACCAUCGAUAUCGACCAGUGCCGACGCUUCUAUGCCGAUCACGACGAUGAGGAGGUCGGCAAGAAAUCCUUGGUCAAGAAGCUGGUCAAGGUUUUUGAGUGAUUAUCCCCUUUUUGUACAUAGC